ACCGGAAGCGCCUAGCCAGCCCGGAAGUGGUGCUGACUGGUACACGUGAGCUGCGGCAUGGCGGCCCACCGGUCUGGCCCGUUCAAACAGAAGAAUAAAGCUCACAAAGGCGGGCGGCAUCGGGGUCGGGGAUCCGCGCAGCGGGACAGCCAGAGCCGCCUAGCAUUGAAGACCCUAAGCAAGAAGGUGAGAAAAGAACUCAGUCGAGUAGACCAGAGGCAUCGCUCCAGCCAGCUCCGAAAGCAGAAGAAGGAGGCGGUUCUGGCAGAGAAGAGACAGCUAGGCAGCAAGGAUGGCCCUCCUCACCAGGUAUUGGUGGUGCCCCUGCACAGCAGGAUUUCCCUGCCAGAGGCCUUUCAGCUGCUUCAAGAUAAGGACAUUGGAACAGUACACUUGAAGGAAUGGGGAAGCCCACAUACCUUUAUGCUAUUAUGCCACCGCUUGAAACAUCGGUGGUUUUUCACAUCUGCAAAGCCAGGGGAUCUGCACACUGUGUUAGACAUGGCUAAAGUGGCUGAUACCAUCCUUUUCCUCCUUGAUCCACUGGAAGGCUGGGACAGCACUGGGGAUUACUGCCUUUCCUGCCUCUUUGCUCAGGGUCUUCCCACCUACACACUAGCUGUCCAGGGGGUUUCUGGCCUCCCACCGAAGAAACAAGUAGAUGCCAGAAAGAAGCUUAGUAAAGCAGUGGAGAAGCGCUUUCCCAAUGAUAAACUCCUCCUGUUAGACACUCAGCAGGAGGCAGGGAUGCUGCUCAGGCAGUUGGCUAACCAAAAGCAACGGCAUCUUGCCUUUCGAGAUCGGCGGACCUAUCUGUUUGCUCAUGAUGCUGACUUUGUGCCUAAUGAAGAGAGUAACGUGGUGGGCACCUUGAAAAUCUCUGGCUAUCUUCGUGGGCAGACUCUGAAUGUAAACAGCUUGCUGCAUAUCAUUGGACAUGGUGAUUUCCAGAUGAAACAGAUAGAUGCUCCUGUGGACCCUUUCCCUUUAAAUUCUAGUGUGAUCAAAUCCCAAAAGGACCCAGGCAUGGCAAUGGAGACUGGUGCUAUGGAUGCUGUUGCUGAAAUGGAGGAAGACCUUAAGGUCUUAGUGAAGGCAGACCCUGAUAGACAAGAAUCUUUGCAAACAGAGGUUAUCCCAGAUCCAAUGGAGGGGGAGCAAACCUGGCCCACUGAGGAAGAGCUUAGUGAGGCAAAUGACUUCUUGAAGGAGAGUUCCAAGGUGGUAAAGAAGGUUCCCAAAGGAACAUCCAGUUACCAAGCUGAAUGGAUUUUGGAUGAAGAUGACCAAAGUGGUGGGGAAGGAGAUGAAAAUGAUGAUACAGAAUAUGAGGAUUUUAUGGAAGAGGAAUCUCAGGAUGAGGGUAGUGAAGAGGAAGAGGAGGAAUGUGAAAGUAUGACUGUAGGAGAAUCUGUGCCUGACGAACUGUAUGAUGAGAAAGUGGGUGAAGAGGCUGAGGAGAAAAUGUUGGAGAGAUAUAAACGAGAAAGACUGGAAGAGAUGUUUCCAGAUGAAGUAGAUACCCCCCGUGACGUGGCUGCUAGAAUUCGAUUUCAGAAAUACCGAGGCCUCAAGAGCUUCCGCACAUCUCCAUGGGAUCCUAAGGAAAACCUUCCUCGAGAUUAUGCUCGGAUCUUUCAGUUUCAGAACUUUACUAACACUAGGAAACGCAUCUUUAAAGAGGUUGAAGAAGAAGUUGAAGGAGCUGAGGUUGGCUGGUAUGUCACACUUCAUGUCUCUGAGGUCCCUGUCUCAGUGGUUGAGUUCUUCAGGCAAGGAGCACCCUUGAUUGCAUUUUCUUUACUACCUCAUGAACAGAAGAUGUCAGUACUGAAUAUGGUGGUGAGUCGGCACAUUGGCAACACUGAACCUGUCGAAGCUAAAGGAGAGCUGAUCUUUCACUGUGGGUUCAGGCGCUUUCGAGCCUCACCUUUAUUCUCUCAGCACACUGCAGCGGAUAAACAUAAAUUUCAGAGAUUCCUGACUGCUGAUGUGGCCCUGGUGGUGACAGUAUAUGCCCCAAUCACUUUUCCUCCUGCAUCCGUGCUGCUUUUCAAACAGAAUAGCAAUGGAAUGCACAGCCUCAUUGCCACAGGCCAUCUUCAGUCAGUGGAUCCAAACAGAAUGGUUAUCAAGAGAGUGGUUCUAAGUGGUCAUCCUUUCAAAAUUUUUACUAAGAUGGCAGUAGUGCGUUACAUGUUCUUCAAUAGAGAGGAUGUGUUAUGGUUUAAACCGGUGGAACUGAGAACAAAGUGGGGCCGCAGAGGACACAUCAAGGAGCCUUUGGGUACUCAUGGCCACAUGAAGUGCAGUUUUGACGGGAAGCUAAAAUCUCAGGACACAGUACUGAUGAACCUCUAUAAACGAGUUUUCCCCAAAUGGACUUAUGAUCCAUAUGUACCUGAACCAGUUCCUUGGGUGAAAAGUGAAAUUUCUUCAACAGUGUCUGAAAUGGACAUGGAAUAGUGGAUUCAAUGGGAUUCUGUCUUAGGGUGCUAGUUAGCACUCUAGGGAUGGGAACCUACAGGUUGUGUUUGGGUGAAGUUUUUAUUUUCUAUUUAGCCUAGAGUUCUGCUGCAAGAGUGGCCUUGACAAGGUGUCUCAUUUAUGCAUGGAUGUUUUUCUAUUCUUGUUUAGUCCAAAAAACCAUUAAAGCUUACUGAAAUAUC